AUGGGGAAAGGAGGGAGGAGAUGCAGGGGAGUUCUUGUGAGGGUGGUCGAAAGAAGAAGGGGUACGGGAUGCUGUAGGAGGAGGGAAGGAAACAGGGCAGGGCAAUUGAUUGCGGAGUCAAGCGAUUUUAUUGAAUGUGUGGCGCGCGUGAGAGUAAAGUGGCGCUUGUCUCCUUACGCCGCCGUCCGUGCCUUACGCCGCACCAUCUUUCCCCUAAAUUACGCAUUCCAUGCGUGUAAACAGAUGCCUCUGCUGUUUCUACACAAGUUGUUAAGUCCUACAUGCUGCAACACAUGUGCAUCGCACUUGCUCCGCUGCCGCUGUGCAUCUCUACAAUGCGCUGUCUUCCUUCUUUAA